AUCGGCUCCACCCCGGACAAGGGCGUCCCCGAUAUGACGUGCAUCUCGGACAUCGACGAAAACGGCAUCAACCGCAAUCUGAAAGUGCGCUACGAGCGCGACCAGAUAUACACCUACACCGGAUCGAUCCUGAUUGCCGUCAACCCGUACAAAGAGAUCGAGUGUUACACUCAGGAAUAUGUCGCCAAAUACCACGGACAAAAGCUGGGACUCCUGGAGCCGCACGUCUUCGCUAUGGCCGAAGCAGCGUAUCGGAACAUCCGCGACAACAACACCAACCAAUCAUGUGUCAUAUCCGGCGAGUCAGGGGCCGGGAAAACGGAAACAACCAAAUUCAUCCUGCAGUACCUGUGCUCGGUGACGUGCGACGUGUCGACCUGGGUUCAGCAGCAGAUCCUGGAGGCCAACACUAUCCUGGAGGCGUUCGGCAAUGCGAAAACCAUUCGCAACGACAACAGCUCUAGGUUUGGGAAGUUCAUGCAAGUGUGUUUCGAUUCCAAGUGGUGCAUCAAGGGGUGCAUCAUCCAGGACUAUCUGCUGGAGCAGUCACGCAUCACGUUCCAGAGCCCUGGCGAGCGCAACUAUCACGUGCUGUACCAGCUGGUGGCGGAGGGCCGCACCAACAAUGAGCUGGCCACCGUGCUACAUCUGCGCGAUGCUUCCUUCUAUCGGUACCUGAACUCGGGCGGCACCGAAGCCGGCGAACAGUCGGCCAUGGAGGUGGCGACCGAAUCGAAGCGUUUUGAGGCCCUCCGAUUGGCGUUCAACGUGCUGCAAAUAUCACAGCCCCUGAUAGACGGCAUCUUCCGCGUGCUCAGUGCCAUAAUUUGGUUGGGAAACCUUAACUUUGCCGACGUCGACGGGGAGCGGUGCGAGCUGGCGCCGGAAGAUGGCGAAAUUGUGACGAUUGUGGCCCAGUUGCUCGGCCUGCAGGAGGCGGAUCUGGUGCAAGUGCUACUGACGCGACAGAUCAAUGUACGCGGCAACAUUACGGAGAUCCCGCUGAAGCUGCAGGAAGCGGGAGAAAACCGGCACGCCAUGGCCAAGGCACUCUAUUCGCGGACCUUCGCCUGGUUGAUCAGCCACAUCAACACCUGUAUCAACCCGGGGCAGGAUGCGUACCGUUUUCUUGGGGUACUGGAUAUUUUCGGCUUCGAAAACUUCAAUAGCAACUCGUUUGAGCAGCUAUGCAUCAACUACACGAACGAAAAGCUACACAAGUUCUUCAACCAUUACGUGUUUGCGCUGGAGCAGGAAAUUUACCGUCAAGAGGAAAUCAAGUUUUCCCACAUUCAGUUUACCGACAACACACAGUGCUUGGAGUUAAUCGAGAAACCGCCACGCUGCAUUCUCAAGCUGCUCACGGAACAGUGCCAUAUGCCCAAAGGAUCCGACACAGCCUAUCUAACCAACCUGCACAGUGAGUUCGAGCCGCAUUCGAGCUAUGUGAAGGGGCAAGAUCGACGUCACUGGGAGUCGGAGUUUGGUAUUCGCCACUACGCCGGUUGCGUUAGCUACACCGUGAAGGGAUUCGUCGACAAGAACCGUGAUGUGCAGCAGGACGUGCUGUUUGAUCACAUGAGCCGCAGUGCCAACACGUUCGUGCAGGAAAUUGCAUCCUUCCAGGAUCUGCUCUCCAUUCAGCACGUCCAGUCAGCCGCUUCCUCCACCACCAGCACGGUUUCGCGCGGAACGUCAAAGGGAAAGCUCACGGUUAGCGAUACCUUCCGGCAGCAGCUGCAGGCCCUGGUGGACGUACUGCAAAGUACCAACCCGUGGUACGUGCGCUGCAUCAAACCGAACUGUGACAAGCUGCCGAACGACUACGACGAUCAGCUGGUUCUCGAUCAACUGCGCUAUCUCGGCAUGCUAGACAUCAUCCGUAUCCGGCGCGAAGGUUUCCCGGUCCACCUGACGUUCGACGAUUUUGUGCAGAAAUAUCAAUGCCUCACGAAACGGUUCCGCAACAUGUCCAGCCCGGAUCAGGCCCUGGCCGUGAUACGUGAGCUGAACGUACCGACGACCGAGUGGCAGAUGGGGCGCUCGAAGGUGUUCCUACGCAGUGUCGUCCACGAACCGCUGGAGGACGCCCGGAAGCAGGUGAUCAACUCGAAGGCCCUCGUCAUCCAGCGGAACUGGAAACGGUACAGCCAACAGCAGCAGUACCGACGGUAUCGCUCGGCAGCACUUAAAAUACAACAUGCCUACAAGGGCUGGAAGCUGCGCAUCGAGUUCCUCAAGAAGCGUCGCGCUGCCAUCGUCAUCCAGAGCCAUCUGAGGGGAGUGUUCGCACGGGAAGUGGCCACCGCACUGCGCGAAAUGCGGCGCGUUGACGAGGAGAUGCGCAAACGUGAGCGACUGGAAGCGGAACGGAAGGAACGAGAAGCGGCCCAAGCGGAAGCCGACCGAAAGGCGCUGGAGGAAAGCGAAAGGGUCGCUAAGGAAGAAAUACUCGCUUUGUCGCAAAUGGCCGAGCAGAUAAACUCGAAACUGCACUCACAACAGCAUGUUAACAAUAAUAACAGCCGCCUUUCGCAAGCAGCCUGCAAACAGCAAAACGGCGGGAACGUCGUCACUGCCGGCGGUGACAAGGGUGGCCAGUUGCUAGGCAGUAUCGGCGCCAAUGGGGCGAAAGCGGGCAGCCUGCAAAGCAACGAUUCGGUUGAUCUGGACAAUUUAUUUGCCUUUCUCAGCGAGGUACAGCCUAACGCGAACUCGAAUGCCAUCAUUGACGAGAUCGGCGAAAAGAUGGACACGCUGGUAGAAGAUCUGGACGUUGAGCUGGAGUCAGUUAUACAGCAGGAAAUCGAAGGUUUGACAUGCGAAAGAAACAACAAUGUAGCGGGCACCACCGCUACCUCCAAAGCGCCACUGGUGAACGGUACCAUCCCGGCUCACAGCGCCACCGGCAACAGUAAUAUCAAUAACAACUAUACCAACAAACCAACGACACCCAAACCUAUGGGAGGUACUCCAUCGUUGCCGGAACCGACAAUGCCUCCGCCACCGCCACCGGUCGAGAACAAUAACCACACGCGACCAACUCCGCAGCAGCACCACCAUCCGGCCACGCUUCAUCACAUUCGACGCCACGAAGAGCCUAUCUACGAAGCUGUGAUCCAUCUCAAAGAGCUUCCACCGCCGCCAUUGGAAGCCAGCGAAAAGGUGCCACCGAUUCCGCAACAUCAAACUCCGCAACCACUACCACCGAUGGGAGCGCCGACCCAACAGAGUCAUCCAAUUCUUCCGCCACCUCCUCCGGUGCAUGCCCAUCAACCGGCGCCACCACCCCAUGCACACCAACCGCAAGCACCGCAUGCACACCACGGUCAACCGGAGGCUCCCCAACCACCGCCACACGCUCACGCUGUCCCGAACCACGCAUAUGUUCACCUGGAAAACGGUACAGCGGGACAUAAGCUACGACCCAAGAGCCCGGCGGUAAUCCGGUCCGCCAGUCCCAUCCAGCGCGUUGGUUCCGGUGGUCCGAUGAGCCCGUCGUCGCCGAAGCAAAGCCGCCCAAGCUCGCGCGCUUCCUCGACCGGCGGCGGCGGUGGUCAUCCGUACGCGGAACGUGAACAGCGGCGCAAGUAUCGGGUUGAGAAGAAGCUGCAAGAGAUGCAACAGCUCGAUAUUAGCGAGCGCGAGAAGGAGUUACUGCGCGACGAUGUGUACUACGAUAUCCUCGAGUUCGCCGAAAGCUACUACAACACGCACGAGCGAUCACCGGAGGGCACGAUCAUGGCGACCCUUACCCGCAAGGGCCGCAAAUCGGUCGAUAUGGUGCCGAAGUACGAGAUGAUCACGUACUACCGUGGUACCACAAUCCCGUCCUCGCACAUACACAUGUACGAUCCGGAGAAUGUGACCAUCGCGUGCAACGUGUUUCGCGAUCUGUGCAAAUACAUUCGCGGCGAGCUGAACAGCGAACGGGAACUGCAGGUCAUUCAGUUCAUCAUCGGGCAAGGCAUCGAACGGGAGGAGCUGAGGGACGAAAUCUUCGUGCAGAGCAUGCGACAGGCAACGAACAAUCCGAGCGUGGACUGGACGGACCGGGUGUGGUUGUUGCUUUGCCUUACGAUCGUCGCGUUUCAACCGAGCAAACUGUUGUUCCGGUAUUUCGUUAGUUUCCUAAAGAAAAAUCUGGAAUCUCUCGAAGGGAAGCUACGGCAGUACGUCCAAUGGUGUUUGGAUAAUUGUAAAAACACAAAAGUCCGAUGCCGCCAGUAUCCGCCGUCGAGUGUGGAGGUUGCGGCAAUGCGGCGACUUGGUACGAUCGUUUGUCGAUUUUUCUUCCUCGAUGGUCGUACGAAGGCCAUCGAUGUACACCCAACGGACACGGCAAGCGAUGCGGUCGCGAAGCUAGCGGAAAAGCUUGGGUUGUGCAAUAUUGAAGGAUGGGCCAUUUACCAAUCUCGCCCGGAUGGCGAAGAGCACGUAAAGUCGCACGAUUAUUUGUAUGACAUUAUUGCAGCCUGGGAAACAAAGCAAACAAAGAUUCAUGCUUCCAGCUCGACGUUGCGCAAAAACGCCACCACCCUGGGCUCGGGAGAGAACCGUUUUGUGUUCAAGAAGCGUUUGUUUAAGAGCACACGGGAACUAUCGCAGGAUCCGGUGGAAGUUAACAUGUUGUACGCUCAAGCCGUAUAUAGUGUGGUAAAGUGUGAUGAUUUCCCCGUGUCAGAGAAAGUGGCGUUACAACUGGCCGGCUUGCAGGCCCAGGUCGCGCUCGGCGAUCCCUCUAACCAACCGAAACCGGAGUAUUACUCCGACGUGCCGAGCUAUCUACCGGAGCGCAUUUCGAAAACCCGCGAAGAACAGUUCUGGGUGCCGAUACUGGCCCAAGCUCAUCGACAGUACGGUUCAGGACGGACGGAGCUGACGGCGAAGGUACUGUACCUAUCGUGCGUCAUGCAGUACCCCUUGUACGGUACAACGAUGUUCGCCGUGUCCUACCGUGGCUAUUGGAGCUAUGGUAACAGUUUAAUACUCGGCGUGAACUGCGAGGGUAUUAUACUCAUCAAGCCGGACGAUAAGUUCGUCCUGUAUGAGUUCCGGUACGCCGAGGUAGAGUCGAUCAUGCUCGAUCCAAGCGACAGCUUCAUCACGCUCAGCCUCAACCGACACGGCGGCACCACUACCGAUCAGCAGCGGUGCUUCGUGUUUGAGACGUUGCAGAAGAACGAAAUCGGUUCACUAAUCGUGUCGUACUACCCGGCACUCUCGAAUUGGAUCACCGAGAAUGAGGUGCCUCCGAAGAAGAGCAAAGGCAUCACGAACGAAGAUCGGGUACGGUUGCACCACAACCUGGUUGUGUGCCGUCGCCAUCUGGUGGACGCUGAACUCUUGCGCAAACCGCAAGAUCCGAGCGGAGGCUUCCUGCGCAACACCCUACGGCGCCUGUCGAAGCAUCGUUUGGAGAAGCUGCGUGCCGAGCACGGCAGCUCGGUGCACGAUCACGGCGAAACGUACAAGGGUUUCCCACACGCCUACUGGGCCUUCAGUCGUCAAGCGUUACCCCAAAGUCUCAGCAAGUUGCCGGACCAGGAGGAGCAAGCCAUGCUGCAGGUAUUCAAUUCGAUCCUGACAUACGCAGGCCUCGGACAAAACGGAGAGACAGUUCAGCGUGCAGAAGACGAACACAUUACGCUCAUACAAUCGAUCAUGGAUCGGUGCAUGCGCAAGGAAUCGCUGCUCAAUGAACUGUAUCUGCAACUGAUCAAGCAAACGACCGACCAUCCCGAUCCCAACUCACGCGUUAACCUGCGCCAUUGGGCCCUGCUUUCGCUAGCAUGUAGCGUCAUUUUACCACCGCAGAAAGUGGUCCGCAAGUAUCUGCUUGGCCACCUGAAACGUUGCGCUAGUGAUUUCAUCACCGAGGAGGGCAAGUAUGCACGCUUUGCGGAGAAAUGUUUCUUCAAAACGCAGGGUACCCGGCGACGCCAGUGGCCACCAAGCCGGGAGGAGAUCAUCUGUACCAUCAAUCGCCGUCCGAUCUACGCGCGGUUCCACUUCAUGGACGGCCAGUACCACUCGGUGGAGUUCCACCCAAGCUCGACCUCUCGAGAGGUGAUGGAAAUCGUGAAGAAGAAGAUUGGUCUUCAGGAAAAUGCAUUGGGCUAUGCCAUAUACGAAGUGCUGGGAGCCUCCGAGCGCAGCUUGCUGCCGGACGAAAAGGUUGCUGACGUUAUGUCGAAGUGGGAAAAGUAUCGCACUGCUGCCGCACAGGCCGUGCAACAGAAUCAGAGCUCCAACUUACCGCCCGCCUGUCGCCGGCAGCAUCAUCUGUUUCUCUUCAAGAAACAUCUGUUCUGCGAUCAGUACAUGAACCUAGACGACCCCGUCGAGAAGGAAUUGCUCUAUCACCAGGUGCUACACGGUUUGCGUACCGAACGUUUUCCAAUCACCGAAAUGGAGGCUAUUAUGUUAACUGCUCUACAAGGACAACUUGAACUGGGCGAUAGCUCCGAUGUGGUGCAAGACUACCGACCGAUAGCGGCGCACUGUUUACCACCCCGCUUCGUCCCCAACAUCCCGCGCGACAGUGUUGCGAUGCACCAUCAAAGCCUGCGCGGCACAACGCCGGCUGAGGCGAAAAAAUCUUUCCUGAAUCUCAUCCAAAGCUGGCCGCUACACAAAGCGACCAUUUUUGAUGUGAUGCAAUCGUUCACCUCUAACUGGCCGCGAAUGCUAUGGCUAGCGGUCGACCAGAAAGGACUGCAUCUGCUCGAGCAUCGUUCCCGCAACACACUUUGCACAUACGAUUACCAAUCGAUACUGUCGUUUUCUCCCAACAUGAACUGUCUUAUGAUUAUCACUGGCUCUGAUAAGAAACAAUCAAAGGUCAUACUCACCACUGCCCAGGCGUUCCAAAUUGCCAACCUUAUCCGAGAGUAUAUGGAAGUGCUGAGAAGGCAGCAAUCGCACUCGGAGGAUGCCCAGAAGGAAAAUCAACCGGCAGCGGCAAGACCAGAGCAACCUCCACAGGUUCCGCCACACAAUCAGCCGCUUCCGCCGCCUCAUCAACAGAUUCCUUUGGCGCAACAGCCUGGCGCCAAUAAAGGCGGCCAACGUCCACCGUCGAUGCUGCUACGGCAGUCAAGCGCUGCUCUCGUAGCGCCUCAGCCAAGCUAG